UCUGGACAGGUCCACAAGAAAGGUGGGACAAUACAAAGAUUGUAGGGACUGAUGAUGUGGGGAAGAUACAGAUGUGGAAUGGCAUUAUAGGGGCACAGUAUUUCACCUGAGACUGCUUAAGGCUUGAAGACAACCUUUACUGAUGAGUCACAGGAGAUGGCAGAAUAUCAAAGACAGCUGACAGUAUGCUCCAAAACUAAACCUUAUUUAAUAGAUUUACUGGAGCUAACAUCUCCAUGCUCCACACUGAUCAACAAAAAAUAUCUUACAUUCACUAUAGGAAGCAGAAUGUAGUCAAGUAAGCAUUCCUUCUGUAUUAGAAGAGAAAAAUAAUAUGACACUUUGGGCCACAUCUAUGAAAAAUUGUAUAAAAUGAACCAAUCGUGUUUGACUGAAAGAAAGUACAGAUCUCACAGUAGAGUGUAUAUAAGUCUUUACUAUGUGGCUUUUUACAUUGUUAUGAUUGGACUGUUUGCACUUUCCAUCUACUCUUUGAUGCAAACACUCAGCCCUUACGAACCGGAUUAUCAAGAUCAAAUACAGUCGCCAGGUGUGACAAUAAGGCCAGAUGUGUAUGGAGAUGAAGUCAUUGAAGUGUUUUACAAUGUCUCAGAUGAAAACUCUUACAAAGGAACUGUGAAAAGUCUAUGCAAAUUUCUCUCAGUGUAUAACAAAACAAUCCAGGAAGAAAUGAAUAAUAAGGACUGUGGCAACCUCACUGAUGUCAAAGAUUUGCUAAAAGGUAGCGGACGCACUAGGUAUGCCUGUCAGUUCACUACUGAUAUGCUUGGAAAAUGCUCCUAUGACAAGGAUCCCACAUUUGGCUUUGCAUCUGGACAGCCUUGUCUAUUUAUACGAAUCAACAGGAUCAUAGGAUUUGUUCCUGACAAUAAGACAGCCGCAACUCUACAUUGCUUCUCAACGGGUAAGGUUAAAGAAGAUCUUGGACCUUUAGAAUAUUAUCCAAAUGGAACCUUUGGUAUGCAGUACUUUCCAUACUAUGGAAGAAAAGCUCAGCCGAACUACACCAACCCAAUAGUGGCAGUGAAAUUUUUGAAUGUUAAACGCAACACGGAAUAUGAAAUUGUGUGCAGAGUUAAUGGGAGCAAGAUCAUAAAUGAUAACCCACAUGAUCCGUAUGAAGGAAAAGUGACAUUCAAACUCAACAUAAAGAACUAGUUUGGCCUCUGUGACAAGAACACAAGAUCUCUCCCCAGCAGGAAGAAUUCUGUCAUUAAAUAGACAUUAUUGCCGUCACUCAGCCAAAACCAGUGGACUCUUUUACAAUAUGUCCAUAUCACAGACUCGGAGCAAAGAAACAACAUCUUUCUUGUUUUAUAACCAACACUGAUACAUGUGAACUGAAAUAUUAAUACAUAAGGGGACUUAUAUUUCAGCAGUUUUAUAAAAUGUUACUGUCAAAAAAAAUUAAAAAAACUUUUGACAUCUCAGGUAGAUACGCCAAAAGUUAUAAAUGGUUGGGGUCUCAGUGCUAAAACCCUCAUCAAUCUCUAGAUAUUGCAGGGUAAAGCGCACAGCAGCGCACUUCACUCCCUGGCCUGGUGCUCGGUGACAGGCUCCAUUAUGACUAUGGAGGCUGUCAUCUUCAAUGAGACAGAUUGGGCGCCGAGCCAUGGAGUAAAGCGUGCUACCAGCUACCACAUGCUUCACCCGGCUAUGUCUACUGAUUGGUGGGGGUCUCAAUAUAGUAAUACUUUAAGUGGUUUAUAUUUACAUAUAGUUAUUAUACACACACUCAUCACAAGUUAUUCCAGGACACUAGUACAGAAAAAACUGAAUUGUCAUAUAAAGAUUGAUACUGCAUGACAUGUAUUCUAUAUAAUAAGGUUAGAUUUAACCGUACCAAGCAGUGGCAUUCCCGGGAGGAGUCCUGUAUACCCUAACAACAUCCUAAAUGUAACAAUAUUUAGCAAUCUUAACAUUUGUUGUUUCUUGUAUUGCCUCUAUACUUUGGCUAAUUUAUCAGAAGCAAGAAAAAAAUAAAAAAAGGUUUAAAGUACAAAUAUAUAUAUAUAUUUAAGUAAAAAAAAAAUAUUCAGCAAGUGGAGAAAUGAUCAAAGAAACUGGCUUGUAUGACUCAUGUAUUAAAAAAACUAAAAGAUGUAUUGCAACAAAAACUCAACUGCUACAUUAUAAGAGUUGUCCCACAAUACAAAUAUAUCUAUAUAUAUAUAUUUUUUAAGUGUCAUGUUGGCUACCCACCACUGCCAUUAUAACAGUGCUGAUCACCCACGUGGGCCAUCCCUCUUCAGCCAAUCAAUGGCCACAAAAAAACACACCCUAAAUGUUGAGUCAGAUUUAUCAAUGUAUUACCAGCUUGUUGGUAUAAUACAGGAAAAAAAAUAGUGUUAUUUUGUCAAAUUCAUGUUUUGAAAUUUGCACAGAGCCCGACCUAUAAAAGCUUCCGACACCUUUCCACCUGCCAUUGUUUUCCUGUACAGCACAUUCAUCACCAAAGUAAUAGAGGGAGUGAGGCAAGUGCUUUGUAUCUCUGGUGCACUGAUACUGCAGUAGUUUCAUAAGAUUCAUUAGUAUUGUUUCUUUUACAACACACUGAAUAAUCCUUGUCAGUAGCGUUGUUGU